AUUUUCUUUCCACUAGCCAUUCUGUUCCCUGCCUCUUCUCCUCCUCUCUCUCUUGACACAUCACAUCAUUAUCAACAUCAAUCAUCAUCACAAGCAUACACAUAAUAUUUGUCUUCUUUGGAUCGAGUUAAAUCAGUUAUGGCUUCCUCGAAUAGACACUGGCCAAGCAUGUUCAAGUCCAAACCUCAUCACCAUCAAUGGCAACACGACAUAAACUCUCCUCUCUUGCCUUCUCCUGCUUCCCAUCGUUCCUCUCCCUUCUCAGGGUGUGAGGUGGAAAGGAGUCCAGAGCCAAAACCAAGAUGGAAUCCGAAGCCAGAGCAGAUUCGGAUACUUGAAGCAAUCUUCAACUCAGGGCUGGUGAAUCCACCGAGAGAGGAGAUCAGAAGGAUUAGGGCUCAGCUUCAAGAAUACGGCCAAGUCGGUGACGCUAACGUCUUCUAUUGGUUCCAAAACCGCAAGUCCCGUAGCAAACACAAACUCCGCCUCCUCCAUAACCACUCUAAACACUCCCUCCCUCCACCACAACCACAACCUCAGCCUCAGCCUAUUUCCUCAGCUUCCUCUUCAUCUUCUUCCUCCUCAUCAUCCUCCAAAUCCACCAAACCACGCAAAUCCAAGAACAAGAACAACAACACUAAUCUCUCUUUGGGUGGUAGUCAAAUGAUGGGGAUGUUUCCACCGGAAGCAUCCUUUCUUUUUCCGACUUCCAGCGUCGGAGGGUUUGAAGGUAUCCCCGUCUCAUCCCAAUUAGGGUUUUUUCCCGGUGAUAUGAUCGAGCAACCAAAACAGACUCCACCAACGGUGGGGCCAUGUACCGGUAUCCUCCUUAGCGAGAUCAUGAACGCUAGUGCGGGUUAUGAAACUCAUAACCAUCAACAAUUGAGUGAGAAAGAAGAUGAAGAAAUGAGGUUGAAGAUGUUGCAACAGCCACAGCCUCAGAUUUGUUACGCUGCUACUAGCGAUCAAAUCAAUUCUUACAACAACAACAACAAUAACAUCAUGCUUCAUGUUCCUCUCACUACUAGUACUACUACAACUUCAAAUCCUCUUGCUAUUGUCCCAUCAACUUUGGACCAGCUUCAAGUUCAAGCGGGUGCGAGAAUAAGGGUGUUCAUCAAUGAAAUGGAGUUUGAAGUGAGCCCGGGACAGUUUAAUGUACGAGAUGCAUUCGGAGAAGAGGUUGUUCUCAUUAAUUCCGCAGGUCAGCCCAUUGUCACAGAUGAAUAUGGCGUCGCUAUUCACCCUCUUCAACAUGGAGCCUCCUAUUAUCUGGUUUUGUUUCCUCUCUUAUCCUCUUUGUUUUCCUCUAAUUAAUAUUUUAUACAUUACUUUCAUUUCAAUGGCUAGGUAGAUACCAUUGUAUGUUAAAUACUACUAGUAAUAAAACAUUGUUUAAUGGGUUAUAUAAUCUUCGUUAAUAGUAAAUCUAUAGUAUUUUAUUUCUUCAUUGGGAUCUAAAAUGGAUAAAUGCAUGCGAGAGACAUGUUGUUUGGCUUAGGUCAACAAUGUUGACUCAAUUAGUUUAAUUACACACACACCUUGCACUUUCUUAGAGCAUUCAUUGGGGUUUCUUUUCUUUUUUGGCCUUCGUGUUUUUUGACUUUUGUAGU